AUCCACUUCUCAUUCACCUCUCGGCAGUAUCACUUCAAGACGGAUAAGCCGAGCCGCACGAACUGCUCGGCGUCCGCACUCGUGACGACAACAAACACCAAGUCGCCCAUCCUAUCCACUUUACCUUCUAAAGCAAAACUAACCAACCUAUCUAUAGCAACCAUGGGACAGCAGAGCUCUACCUCUUCGACUGCUGACUCGCAGCGCGAUGCCAAUCCGGGCAACGCUUCCCCUGUAGCGGCCAGCACUGGAAAGGGGGAGGGGCCACAGCCCUCGGCGGCUGCUUCUCAGGAUGCGACUCGCACCUUGGCUCCUGAGGCCGAGGGUGCCGCCGCCAAUAGCAGCCUGCCUCGGGGGAAGAAGCGCAAGCAUGCCGAGAUCUCCCAGAUAUACUAGUAGUUCUCUGACAACCUCGACGGAGCAGGAAAUGAGGAGAGAGCCCACUGCAGCAUGAAGAUGCAGCUAAGUAGCAGUAGCGAAUAGAGUCAAUAGACUUGAGUUUGGAUGAGCCAUGACAUAAAUACUGAUAAGUUUAGUUGAUUCCCCAUAAUGAUUAGACUCGCAUGAAAGUCAGGGGCAUAAAGGCUUCGAUAAUAGGGAAUUUCAGGUGAGGAAUGUGCGUAGGUGUGCGUGAAGACAGUGACCUAGUAGGCACUUACCUUAAUCGAGCCCCUCUCCGGUCUCUCCUACCCCAAGUUUCUUGCCCGGGCCAGCCUCGACGACCUACUGGAAAACGCUGGGAAGAAUGGGUAGU